AAGCUUUACCACCCGUUUUUUAUGAUGUGCUUGACUCCGACGCUUUAGUAACUGAAAAUUUGUCGAAUAUGACAAAAAAACCACAUCGACUUGAACGUUUAUUACCAAGUUUGGUUUAUCUAGCGCAUUGGUCAAUGAACCUAGCCAAAGAAUCUCGUCCUAUUUACGCAUUUUACUUGCCGCUUGCCGGUGGACCCCUAUGCAAUGCACCCGGACUAACUCAUAUAGAUAGGGCAAUUAUAUCAUGGUGUCUAAUGUAUAGACACUACGACGAUGCGAGUGGUAAAAGAGGAGUAGAAGAUAACGUGAGUGAGAUGUCUCCUACAGUAUUUUAUGGAGUUAAGAAAAUGAUACCAGGUGGGAAAGAUGGAAGGAAAGUAUGCGAGAUUAUUGGAAAAUUUUUAGGAUUUAUAACAUUAUGUCAUCUAUUUGAAGAAGAUUCGGAUAUACCUUUGAUUCAUUUCAAAGUUUCUGAAGAAGAUCAACAUGAUAAGAUUGGAAAGAAGGUGUAUAAUAUUGAAUUAAAUUUAAUCUCUAAAACUGGAAUUCAUACAGAGCAAUUGUCUUCUCUCAUCGAUAAUCCAAUUGUGAGAAGUGCUUGUAAGAAACUUGAGAAAAAUAUUACAUUGGGACAUAAAGAUAAGAAAAAAGAAGCUAAAAAGGAUAAAAAAAAUGGGUAUCAUAAAUCAGACAUUAAUAUAAGUGUCAAGAAUUGA